UCGUAAUAUUCGUUUAGAAGAACAAAACAAAAAUUAUCGACAUAAUUAUCUUUCAUUUACUAUUCCAUCAUCGUAUUAUAAUAUUGUGCAUGUCCAUCGAUUUACUAUCAUUGAUACAAUCUCAACAUUAAUUAAUCAUUUCGAAUCAUGUUAUAGAUAUUCAAUUGAUACUGAAUCAGAUCGAUUUACAUAUGAUUUAUCUCUUAUUCAAGUUCAUUCUAUUCCUCAACAUUUACCAUCAUUUAUUUUAUUAUUUGAAAUUAAUCAUCUUCCUCCGUCUGAUUCAUUAUUAAUGGGGAAUAUUAUUUUUUCUUGGGGAUCGAUGUCUGAAGAAUUAAUAUCUGCUGUACAAAUGAAUUUAUUUACAUGGUCAGUACCUGCAUUAUUAAUUAAUUUGCAAGAUGAAUUUCCUAGUUGGUAUCGAAGGGCACUGCCUCCGUGCGAGGCAUGUGGCUCGAUUCAAGCCUUGAAUAAGGCCAUGUCUUCGAAAUCCCGAUGCAUUUGUACAAGCAACUUCCCUUAUGUUAAAUCAACAGAUAAGUGGUCAUUACAAAAUGCGAUUCGUUAUACUAUUAAUCGUUUUCUUGAUAAAUCAUCAACAAAGAAAAAUUGGAGUAUUAUGUUAGAUUCAAAUUAUUCACCAUUAUCAUCAUCUGAACGGCGUAAACGAAUUAAUUAUGCAAUUUAUGAUUGCUUUGCCGUCACUUUAUUACAUCAAGCAAUUUAUGAUAAAUGGUCGUUAACUCAACUUUGUGAAGCAGAAUUAAUAUCUUUAUUUACUUCGAAUGCUCUACCUUAUUCUUCAUCAUUAUCUUCAUCAACCUUAUUGGAAAAUAUUUCUGACGAUGAAAAUGAAGUAACAUCAACAUCUUUACUAAUUUCAAAUGCUCCACGUCAUUCAUCAUCAUUACCUUUAUCAACUUUAUUAGAAGAUAUUUCUGAAGAUGAAAGUAAAGAAGAUGAUGAAAUAUUUGUUUCCUUUCUUUCUAGUCAACGUGGUCCAGAAGCAUCAGUUAAUAACACUCGAAAUGUUGAAAUUUGUCAUGCAACAACACAUGAUGAUGAUAUUAUAGAACUUAUUUUAUCGGAUCAACAAUUAUCUUCUGAUGAACAACCUCGAUCACGUCGAACAUGUCGUUCAGCAGCUGCACAAACACGUCGAAAUCGAAAACAUAACAAAGUGUUACGGUCAUAUCGGGAUCGACAUGUUAUUUAUCGCAACGUCUAUCAUCGAUUUACACUUAAACAAAUUAAAAAUAUUCUUCGUGAUCGUGGUGUUCGUUACAUUCAUUUAAAACUUGACAAAUCUACUCAAGUAUUAUCAAUUAGCAUGAAGAAAUCAUCUCUAGUAGAUUUAUAUUUUGAUCGACUACCCGGUGAUUUAUUUGAUCAAGAACAUUAUCAACAUUAUCGUCAAGAUGAACAUUAA